AUGAAAUUGAACUACAGCAUUUUCAACUGGGCUGCUGUUCAUGGGCCAGGAGAGUUUCACGGGCCACACACACAUGUGGGCGAAUACCAUGUCGGAGUCUUCUAUGCUCAGGCGGAAGAGGCGGCCGGGAAGCUACGCUUUGGGGAUCCACGAGGACACAGCCCACCAUUUGGCCGGUCCUUCUUUCAUUCACCCAGAUCUGGCGACCUUGUAUUCUUCCCGUCUUGGCUUAGUCACAUGGCAACCGUCACAGCUCCACAGACCGAUCCGGACUCCAACGGGACGCCGCCACUGCGGGUUGUCUUUUCAUUCAACAUUGGACCAGUUCAAGGGCCGAUGCCGUGCUGCUCUCGAAGACAUGAUCAGAUCCCCAAUCCUGUAUUGUAUUGA